CCCCCUCAAGUCUCGAUUUUACCCUAACCCCCUUUGCAAAACGCACCCAAACACACACAUAUAUACAUCUCCUGCAAUUCUAAAUCCCAAUUAGACCCUCAAACUUGUUCCUUUGGCGGUCGUCGGUGGCAACCCUGACCCUCUUAUUUCUCUCAAUCGCAAACCCUAAUUGAUCGCAAUCUCUCUUCCUAAGCUUUCAUAUUUUGGGAUUUUUUUUGAGUUCCCUAUUUUAAAUAAUCUAUCAAUAUUGUUAUUUUUUUUUCUUUGGUAUAUAUUUUUUGGUCUGGUCUUCAUUUCACGAAAUCCUAAUUGAUUUGCAGAGCCCCAACUGGGAAUUAAUCACAGCAAAUUUUGAAUUCGGUUUUUGGAAGUUUUCUAGAGUUUCUAUUGGGUUUUUCACAUUUAUAUUUAUCAUAUAGUGUCUGCCGCUGCGGUGGUUUCCAGACUUUGUUGAUCUGGAAAAUCGACGUUGAUGUUGGGUGGAAGUAGGAGAGACGACGGGUCGACUGUGAUGAACAACACCAACGUUUUUGCAGCGCUAGAUUCUCUGAGGAGGAAGAAGAAGUCCGACAAGGAACGAAAGAAAAAAUCAUCCAAAGCUGAGUCCGCCGAACCUAAAGAGGCCGAGCCACAGGUGUUUUGGGCUCCAGCGCCUCUGAAUUCUAAAUCGUGGGCCGAUGUCGAUGACGACGAUGACUAUUUUGCCACCACAGCCCCGCCUCAGUCCGUCUGGAUAUCGCCUGAGUCCGAACCGAGCAAGGAGACACCCAGCAAUGUAGAGGAUACAGAUAGUGACGAAGAUAUUCUUGAUGAGGGUGAUGCUGAUGAUGAUGCAGAAGAAGAUGAUCAUGGGGCAGAGGUUCCUGCACACCCUGAGCCGGAGGUGAUCAAACCUCUUGAGGUUUCUAUAGCUCCUAAGGAAGCAGAGAGGCAGCUUUCAAAGAAGGAAAGGAAAAAGAAGGAACUUGCUGAGCUUGAGGCCCUUUUGGCUGAUUUUGGAGUAACUCAGAAAGAGAGUGGUGGUCAAGAGGAGUCAUCUGGUGCUGCAAAAGACAAGGAUGCAGAACCUAAUGGAGAUGUAGAAAGUAAGGAUAAUUCUACAGUGGAGUCCAAAAGUGCCAGGAAGAAGAAAAAGAAGGAUAAAGCUUCUAAAGAAGUGAAGGAACCACAAGAUCAACCAAACGACUCAGAGGCUGGCAAUGAACCUAAUGAAGCCGCUGGAACUCAACAGACAGAGGAGGAUGUAUCUACUGUUGAUGUUAAGGAGCGGCUGAAAAAGAUGGCGUCCAUGAAAAAGAAGAAAUCUAGUAAAGAGAUGGAUGCUUCCGCAAGAGCUGCUGCUCAAGAGGCUGCGGCGAGAAAUGCAAGGCAUGCUGCUUCCAAGAAGAAAGAGAAGAGCCAUUACAACCAGCAACCAGUGCGGUAAAAGCUCAGUUUUGUUCAUUUAUAUGAUUAUGAGCAUGCCCCCCUUGUCAUCAUUGAACAAAUAUGCGGGUAAUAAACAGUGGGGGGUUGUUAUUGGUCUGGUUUUUGCGGAAAGGUGGAUGUUAAAUUGUAUUGCUGGGGAAGCAUGGACCAUAUGUAGGAAUUUUCACUUUUGCUCUUUGAGAUCUCUUGUUUCUUAUUCUGUUGUCAUGGGGCAUAUCUAUCAUUUGGCAAUUUUGGUCGAUGGGAAAUUCUUCUCUAGAAAGUGUUUAAUUUAUCUGGGUGUCCGUUGUAGUUUCUUUUUGUGUUGAAAAAAUUAGUACGAGUGUCGUGUGUAGACAAUUGGAAGCAUCUGAUAAGUUUUUCAUAGGGGAUGAAAUUCUUCUUGUAAACUACUUUGUGAUAUAUAUGUAUAUUUAUUUAUUCUA